GCGCACAUUUUGGGGCUGCGCAGCUCUCUCGGGGUUGCUCCCCGGCUCUGUCGCAAAAGCAGCGAGUCGGCAGCGGGCGUUUUCUCAGCGUUUUUAGUCACUGUCAGAACGAAAUCAGCAGCCAGAAAGUCGCAAGCGAUUCUUCCGUCUGGAUUUAAUUUUGUGAGGUUCAAUAGUAAUUGUGACAGCAGCAAUAUGACCAUCAAGUCGAUCAAGGCCCGUCAAAUCUACGACUCCCGUGGCAACCCCACCGUGGAGGUUGACCUGACCACCGAGCUGGGUCUGUUCCGUGCUGCCGUGCCCUCUGGUGCCUCCACCGGUGUCCACGAGGCUCUGGAGCUCCGUGACAACGACAAGGCCAACUACCAUGGCAAGUCGGUGCUGAAGGCUGUCGGUCAUGUCAACGACACUUUGGGACCCGAGCUGAUCAAGGCCAACCUGGAUGUGGUCGAUCAGGCCGCCAUUGACAACUUCAUGCUUAAACUGGACGGUACUGAGAACAAGAGCAAGUUCGGUGCCAACGCCAUCCUGGGUGUUUCUUUGGCUGUGGCCAAGGCCGGUGCCGCCAAGAAGAACGUGCCCCUGUACAAACACAUCGCUGAUCUGGCUGGCAACACCGACAUCAUCCUGCCCGUGCCCGCUUUCAACGUGAUCAACGGUGGCAGCCACGCUGGCAACAAGCUGGCCAUGCAGGAGUUCAUGAUCCUGCCCACCGGCGCCACCAGCUUCACCGAGGCCAUGAAGAUGGGCUCUGAGGUGUACCACCACCUUAAGAACGUGAUCAAGGCCAAGUUCGGUCUGGAUGCCACCUCUGUAGGCGAUGAGGGUGGUUUCGCCCCCAACAUCCAGUCCAACAAGGAGGCCCUCUGCCUGAUCACCGAUGCCAUCGCCAAGGCUGGCUACACCGGCAAGAUCGAAAUCGGCAUGGAUGUCGCUGCUUCUGAGUUCUUCAGGGACGGUCUGUACGAUCUGGACUUCAAGAACCCCGCCAGUGACAAGGCCCAGUGGCUGGCCCCCGAGAAGCUGAGCAACCUGUACCAGGAGUUCAUCAAGGACUUCCCCAUCGUCUCGAUUGAGGAUCCCUUCGACCAGGACCACUGGGAGGCCUGGACUGCCCUGACUGGCGCCACCAAGAUCCAGAUCGUUGGUGAUGAUUUGACCGUCACCAACCCCAAGCGCAUUGCCACCGCUGUGGAGAAGAAGGCCUGCAACUGCCUGUUGCUGAAGGUCAACCAGAUCGGUACCGUCACCGAGUCCAUUGAUGCUCAUCUGCUGGCCAAGAAGAACGGCUGGGGCACCAUGGUGUCUCACCGCUCCGGCGAGACCGAGGACUCCUUCAUCGGUGACUUGGUGGUGGGUCUGUCCACUGGCCAGAUCAAGACCGGUGCUCCUUGCCGUUCGGAGCGUCUGGCCAAAUACAACCAGAUUCUGCGCAUCGAGGAGGAGAUCGGCUCCGGAGUCAAGUUUGCCGGCAAGAACUUCAGGAAGCCCCAGUAAGGUGCAGGCCACUUCAAAAUUCCAACCACACCGUCGAGACGGCGCCCAUUAUGAGAACUGCAUCCUGGAACACGUUCCUGGAGGAUGAAUGGAGGCAGGAGUCGUCAAGAGAUAUGACGGUGCACGUGUUCGUCAACCUUCACCAUCGGAAUUUGUGUCUGGCGCACAAAUGAAUCAUAAAUUACUAAACCUUUACUGUCUCUAUGCUUCUUUAUAAGACAUUAUUAUUAAUGUUACACCAUUGAUCUAAUCAUUAUUUAUAUUAAAAAACCAAUUACAAACAAAAAGAAAAAGAAAAACCUAUCAACAGCUUGGAAUAUCGUUAUUGUAGUCGCUGUAAUUCAUUUGAAAUUAUAUAUUGAUCUACACACAAGACAACACCAUAUACAAAACAUAAAAUGCAGUUAAUGGUUACAAAAUUGUUGAGACAUAGAAUUUAAGCAGAAAAUCGUUGAAAUCACUCGGAUCGAUUUAAUAUACAGCCCAUAGGUAAAGUCAGUACACCAAAACGUUAAACAGAUUAAGAGUGCGUACAAAUAUUUAAUUGGUUAGUUGAUGUCAAAUAAACGUCUUAAAAAAACAUGUCUUUUUGAAGUGUUUUUGAAAAGUUUUGAAAUGA